AUGCCUCGCCAGGCGCACGGCAGACCCCUCCAGGCGUCCAGAUCAAAUAUUGCCGCCAAGAAGAAACCUUCCAAAAAUCGCAGACUGAACGCACUCGAGAUUGCGGAGCGAGAACACCCCGAUCAGAUCAAGAUUCGACAGCAUCGCCUCGGGCAGGUCGACGAUGACUCUGAAGAUCCGCGCAGCAGGGCAGAUGAUGACGAGCGGUCAUCGAAGAGGAGAAAGAUCGCAACUACAGCUGGAGAUGAGGUUUCCGAAGAAGGUUCCGACCUCGAAGGCAACCGAUGGCAUCUCGGUGUAGAUGAAGAGGAUGAAGAUAGUGACAUUGACAGCGAAGAUGCGUUUGGCGCAAGUGAUGAAGAAAGAUUUGCGGACUUUACAUUUCGCGGAAGCGCUACGGUAUCCUCGGAGCCCAAGCAUCGCCGUGGUGCUUCGUCGGUCAAACCAGUAGACCUCGACGAAGGGGCCAACGAUGACGAAGAAAGCGAGAACACCGACGACGAACCAGAGGACGAUUUCGGUGAUGAAGCUGUGGAUUUAGCUACGGCUUGGGACAUGGACGAACAGGAACAAGACGAGGUGGCCGAAAGGCAUCCAAAAACACGAAGGCAGCUCACAAAGAACAAUCAUGAUGACGGCGCAGACUCCCUGUCGGAACUGGGCGACGACGAACAAUCAGAUGAGGAAAUGUCUGGAGCUGAGGAUGAUGCCGAGUCCGAAUUAUCCAUCUCAGAAGACGAAGGCGACCAUUCAAGGCUCCAGAAUUUUGUUGAAGGGCUGUCAAAUGGCGACAAGAGUCAGGUGGCUACCCAACGGCGACGUAUCCCAAACUUGCCAAAUAAGCCUUCGCAAUUCGGUCUCAGCUCCGAGAAAAUCUCAGCGAGUGAGCUACUACAGUAUAUCAAAGACCCUCGUCAGAGAAAGUCUCUAAAAAUCUUGCAGAGCAGCGACAGCAAGGGCGCCGAGAUCCAUAGAGGUGGCAUUCCAGGGAAACUCGCCCCUUCUCUCGCAAAAAGGCAGCAAGAUCGUCUAGAUCGUUCUGCCGCGUACGAGGAGACGAAAAAGGAGUUGGACAAGUGGAUCGAAACAGUAAAGCAGAACAGGCGUGCCGAACACCUUUCGUUCCCCCUUGUCGAUGCUGCAGAAGCUGGUAUGUUGAGCAAUAAGCAGCUUGGACCGACCUCUACUUCCAAGCCUAUGACUUCACUCGAAUCAACGAUCCAGAAUAUCAUGAUGGAAAGUGGAAUGCAGCCGAAUAAUGGUAGGUCCCAAGAAGCUCAAGAACAUGCGUUCGAGGAGCUGCACGAGAAGAAACUGCCACUGGCGGAAGUGCAAGCCCGAAGAGCAGAGUUGCGGCGGGCACGGGAUCUGAUGUUCCGCGAAGAAAUCCGUGCACGGCGGAUCAAGAAGAUCAAAAGCAAGGCAUAUCGUCGCGUUCACCGCAAAGAACGCGAAAAUUUGAGCCAGGAGAAUAGAAGUUUGCUCGCAGCGCAGGGCUUAAUCGAUUCAGAUGAAGAAAGGGAGAAGAACGAUCGCAGGCGAGCUGAGGAACGCAUGGGCGCGCGUCAUAGGGAGAGUAAAUGGGCCAAAAGUGUCAAGACCACAGGCAGGGGCGCCUGGGAUGAGGAUGCCAGACAUGGCGUGACAGAGCUUGCAAGGCGAGAUGAAGAACUCCGCAGGCGAAUUGAAGGCAAGGCCAGUGCUGGCUCGGACAGGUCCGAUUCAGAGUCUUCCGAUCUCGACGGUUUCUCUGGUUCCGAUGACGAGAGACAAAAGCUAGAAACUAAGCUCGAUGAUAUCGAGCGCGAUGAAGUCGAUUCGUUCGAGACAAGGCUUGGCUCAAUGGCAUUUAUGAGAAAAGCAGAAGCGGCGAGGAAAGCUGCCAAUGAAGAAGAGAUCCGGAACAUCAGACGCGACCUACACAAUGGUGAAACGGGAUCGGUCAGCGAGGAGCAUUUCGAGCGCGACACCGCAGCGGGACGUCAAAAGUUCGGCGUGGGCAACAGAGAUAUCCCUGUGAAGCCUGAAGCUCAUGUUUCCAAGAGCGAGUUCGAGGAACGUGAUUCGGAGGCGGAGCUGAAAUAUCCAGAAGCUCGACACCAAACGGAAGGAUUAGAUGACGAUGCACUAACAGCUAUUGCGCCCACAGACAAGGAACUGAAAUCAAAAUCGUCGUUGAAACGCCCAACCGCAGUAAAACAGACGGCAAAAUCUAACCUUAAGGGCGAACUGUCAGGCAAGAAUCCUUUGUCUGGCCUUGUCGAAGAAGGUGGAAAGUCACAUAAAAAGCUGACAACGGUGCCUCAAAGCCGCCUCGAUGAUGACAUUGUCCCAUCCGAGUCUGAGAAUGAGCGGGAUGAUAGAGCCGCACUUGCGCAAGCGAUCUUUACGGGUUCGGACGAAAUCCAGCAGGAGUUUGCAAAGGAAAAGAAAGAAACCGUGGAGGAAGAAGGAGAUCAGGUCAUUGACAACGGCCUUCCGGGUUGGGGAAGCUGGACAGGAGAGGGUAUCAGCAAGAAGGCCCAGAAGAGGGCCAAGGGGCGGUUUCUUACAACGGUCAGUGGUGUUGCAGAAGAAAAGCGACAAGACUCCAGACUGGAAAAGGUUAUCAUCAACGAAAAGCGGGUCAAGAAGAACGGCAAGUAUCUGGCCAGCGAGCUACCUCAUCCCUUCGAGUCACGACAACAGUAUGAACGAUCGCUUCGCCUGCCCUUGGGACCCGAAUGGACGACGAAGACCACAUUCCAGGAUAGCACGAAGCCACGCGUGUUGGUCAAGCAGGGCAUCAUCCAGCCCAUGGCACGACCCUUGGCAUAG